AUGGAGCAUUUAAAACGAAUUGGGGAUGGAAAAUCGUUCAUUUCAUUGUUCGUUGAAGUGUGAUCGAGUAAGGAUGAUCAUCCGCUUAUUGGCCUUGUUUCUUUUUUUGCAGGUCUCCCUGGCAGAGCCGAAAGACUUGGAAUGCAAACGGAAAAGUGCAAAAAUUUGUCAGCUAGACUUCGUGAUCUGGGGUAAUAAUCAGAAACCAAAGUUUCCAGAUUUAUCGUCCAAACAUACGCUUGUCAUUAGAUCGGGAAGCAUCGCGGAAUUUUCUAAAACUCUCGUUUCCCAACUUGGCAGCGUCACCAAGGUACAACUUGGACAGUUGGGUAUCACGUCUCUCUUCAUCUCUCCACAGUGGACUUCGUUAAAAGCUGAGUUCAAUCAAAUUAGCGAAUUACACAUAGAAGAAUUAGUCGACGUGGGAGAUUCUACAGACCACAUUCCUAAAACGUUUAAUGAGCGCGAUACUAAUGAAGAAGUCGAAAGGUUUGUGAAUCAAACUUCAGCAAUUGGAAAUCCGAAAGAUGAAUCAGAUGAAGCUUUGAAUGCCACUGAGGUUCCGGAGGUUCCAUUAGCAGAUACUCCAUUUAUCGACAUAACCGUUAAUGCGCUGGUUUUCCUCAAUCUUGCAAAUAACAGACUAAAGUCGGUCGACAACCUCAAGUUCCUUUCGAAACUGAAGGAGCUGCUCCUAGACGGAAAUCGUAUAGAGUUCAUCAAGAUGGGAACCUUCGCGGGCAUGAGAAAUCUGAAGAAACUAUCACUGGCGAAUAAUAAAAUCAAUCGCAUUGUAACGCCCGAGCCGACCAGUUUUCUCGCAUUGGAAAAACUGUCUCUCGCUUUCAACCAGUUGACCAAACUUGACGUGCAGAAUUGGGCCAUGUCACAGCUCACCCAUCUGGACGUAAGUCACAAUAAGUUGACUGCUAUGGACGUGACCACGUUGGAUCAGUUCGUGAGCUUGGAGAAAUUGGCCAUGGCCAACAAUUCGUGGCACUGCGAGUGGCUUAGUGUGGCUGUAAAAGACUUCGACCGAUCCUUCGUUCAGCUGGAAGACGCACAAGAAACAUGUCCAAAAGAUGAGUACGAGUUGAAAGGAUUCUGCUGCAAGUACUUCCAACAUAGCGAGGACGACUCGAUCAAUACCUUUGACAGAAUUAAACGCAUGGAGGAGGCGAACAAAAUGAUGAAACAGAAUUUUCAUAGCAAAGUUGAGCUGUUCAAGACUGAAUGGAUGACCAAUGCGGAAGCUCUGCAACAAAAGGCAAUGAAUAAGCUGAAGCCGUAUGAAGAACUGGAUAAAAAAAUGCAAAAGGAUGACAAUAAAGAAGCUCAAAAAGCCAUGGAAAAUCUCAGCAAAUUGAUCGAAGAUUGCAACGAUUUGCUAGAAAAAGUUAAAAAUGCAAAUGAACAUAACAAGCAGUAUACGCAGAGGUUCACGAGCUUGUUCUACACCACACUGGCGGAGAAGAAUAAACUGGUUCAAGAGAUGACUAAAGCAGCCACCUUGGAGGAGGAGAUGAAAAAGUAUGAAAUGAGCUUCAAAGCUAACAAUUGAAGGGAGUAAUUUGGAAAUCUAUUGGAGUCAAUAAACUCUGUGGAUGAUUUUGUA